AGCUGUCUCUGCAACAUGGAACCACAGAAUCUUACACAUGUCUCUGAAUUCCUCCUGCUAGGCCUCUCAGAGGAUCCAGGACAGCAGCCCAUCCUCUUUGGAAUGUUCCUGUCCAUGUACCUGGUCACAGUGGCUGGGAAUCUGUUUAUUAUCGUGGCCGUGAUCUCCGACCGCCAUCUCUACACCCGCCUGUACUUCUUCCUCUCCAGCCUGUCCUUAGCUGACAUUGGUUUUACCUCCACCACCAUCCCAAAGGUGCUUGUGAAUACUCACACAUACCAGAGAGACAUCUCUUAUGUAGGCUGCCUGAUUCAGUUGUCUUUUUUAUAUCUUUUUGCAUGUCUGGACAGUCUACUCCUGAUGGUGAUGGCCUAUGACUGGUUUGUGGCCAUCUGUCAUCCCCUGCACUACCCAAUCAUCAUGAGCCCCCGUCUAUGUGGCUUGCUGGUCCUGGUGUCAAUUUUCGUCAGCUUUUUUGACUCCCAGCUACACUGUAUGAUGGUGUCACAUCUUACCUUCUACACAGAUGUGGAAAUCCCUAGUUUCUUCUGUGACCCUCCUCAACUUUUCAACCUUGCUUGUUCUAACACCUCCACCAAUACCAUGUUAAUGUAUUUAAUUGGUGCCAUCUUUGCUGGUAUUCCAGUCUCUGGGAUCCUUUUCUCUUAUACUCGAAUUUUAUCUUCCAUUUUGAGAGUCCCAUCAUCAGGUGGGAAGUAUAAAGCUUUUUUCACUUGUGGCUCCCACCUGUCAGUAGUGUGCUUAUUUUAUGGAACGGCCGCUGGAGUAUACCUGAGCUCAGCUGUCUCACCUUCUCUCAGGAAGGGUGCAGUGGCCUCAGUGAUGUUCACUGUUGUCACCCCCAUGCUGAAUCCUUUCAUCUACAGCCUGAGGAACACAGACAUCAAGAGAGCGCUGCAGAGACUCCUCAGCAGAAUAUCUUAA